CGAAAGUUCCACAGCGCCGUCUACUUCCUGUAACCAUCGAAACAUUUUCUUUCACCAGAAUAUUCAGCUGUUAUGUGAAUUAAACCGUCUUUGAAAGUUAUUUCAGAAAUACAAAUAUUCAAAUGAGGUUAAAAAGAGAUUGAGAUAUAAUUCUGCAUCCAGAAACCACAUCCCAUGAGGUAUGGGUCAAACACUCUCAGAACCAGUGACCACAAAGGAAACAACCAGCUGUCAAAAUGCCGCAGUCAGGGUUGGAGCUUCCUGCAUGCAGGGAUGGAGAAUCAACAUGGAAGAUGCUCACACUCAGCUGCUCACACUACCAGGCGACAAAGACGCCAUGUUUUUUGGAGUAUUUGAUGGUCAUGGGGAAAGCACCCGUCCUAAAGAUGGGAUGUACACAGGCGGUGCCAAGGUUGCACACUAUGCCAGUAUGAACCUUCACAAGAAAAUCAUCACACAACCUGCUUAUGCACAAAACCGAAUAAGUGAAGCGCUCAAGGGGGGUUUUCUGCAGCUAGAUGAAGAUAUGAUAAAAGAUGAUACCAUGAAGGAAGAGUUAGCAGGAACUACAGCCAUAACCGUCCUGGUGAAAAACAGCAGAAUCUACUGUGCAAACGUGGGUGACUCGAGAGCAGUAGCCAGUGUACGAGGUCGCGUAGACGUGCUGUCUAAUGACCACAAGCCAGGCAACGAGGGAGAAACCAGACGAAUCAUUGCAGCCGGAGGAUGGGUGGAAUUCAACAGAGUAAAUGGUAAUCUUGCAUUAUCAAGAGCUCUUGGGGACUUCAUUUUCAAGAAAAAUGACAAGAAAAAACCAGAGGAACAAAUUGUCACAGCCUUCCCAGAUGUACAGGAGCGGCAGUUGAGCUCAGAUUUCGAGUUCAUCGUGCUGGCCUGUGACGGUAUAUGGGACGUGCUGACCAACCAGGAAGUUGUCGACUUUGUGCGCGCUAGGCUUGCUCAACGGAUGGAACCUGAAACAAUCUGUGAGGAGCUGAUGAUGCGGUGUCUGGCGCCCGACUGUCAGAUGGGUGGACUCGGCUGUGAUAACAUGACUGUGUGCCUGGUUUGCUUCUUGCAUGGGCGACCAUACGAGGACCUCAUACGUCGGUGCGCGCAGCCGUGCAUCGGCGGCCCUGUACCUCACCUGAACAACUAUGACCUAAAAUAGUGGGGAAAUUAGCGGUGGAGAAAAUGUUGAAAUUGCCAGUGUGUUUCUGGGGUUGCAGGGAUUUUUUUCCUUCUUUAUUCAGUAGGGGCUUAAUACAGUUGUAAGCCCCUUCUCUCAGUGAAAGGCCUCUUUUUCCUGGAGAAUGUCUUGUAAAUGAAGCAAUUUUAUCCCAAAUUUUAAGUUUAUUUAUAAAAAUGUAUUUAUCUUUAUUCACCUUUCUCAGUUUUGUUUAUACCCCGUCUCCCAAUAUGAAUGUAGGCCCCUUCCAUAAAUCAAGAAAUAAAAGUGCUGGGUAUAUUGUUUUGGUUUAGGGAGUGAAUUUUUGCAGAAGAAUGUUUGUGUGGUAUAAGUGCUGUAAGCAGAAAUCUUGUGAUAUACAUAUUCAUGAACAUUGAAGUGUUUAUGGAGUCUGGUCAUUAGUAGACUAGUUGACUGAAACUAUAUAUAAAUAGCGCAGUGAAUUUUACACUGUUAUUAUGUAAAUUUAAAUUUUGUGUACAGUUUUAACUUAUAGAAUGAGUUGUUUGGCAGUGUGUAAUUUAACAUUUUUGACGAUUAACACAUGUUCCAUAUUGUGUGUUAUAAUUUUGUCAAACUGUUAAGAAUUGGCAUAAUGCUGAGACUGAAAUGUCAUUUGCUGUUGUUUUGUUUGCUCGCAUAAUAGUAAUAACCAUGAUAGGGCUAUUUGUGUGCUGAAAAUGCAUUAUUUAAGGUAAUGUCUUGAGUGUAUGAAAUGGUUUUCAUCAGGCCUUUUCAAGGCUAAUCUUUAUAAUGCAUGUAUCCAUACAUCAAAAUAGUCAUAGUUAUUUAUGAAAUUUGUGUUAGGAAAUGUUAGAACUUCACAUAAUUGAAAGAUGUUUGUAUGAACAAUUGUGUACAUUUUUAUUUCAUUAGAAUACUGACAAAAUAGUCUAAUACCCUAAAAAUUUGAAGCAUUUAAAAAUGCAGAAUCUCCACAAUAACAACAUGUGGAAUGAAAUCUUAAGUGAAAUAUUUAUUUGUUUAUUCUAUAAUAUUAGUAUAUACAAACUAAAGUAUUUCAUUUGAUUUUUAUGAUCUCAGUUGUUUUCUUUUUUUUUAUGUCCCCCACCCACUAUAGUGGGGGACAUAUUGUUUUUGCCCUGUCUGUUGGUCUGUUUGCUCCAACUUUAACAUUUGCAAUAACUUUUUCAAUAUUCAAGAUAGCAACUUGAUAUUUGGCAUGCAUGUGUAUCUCAUGGAGCUGCACAUUUUGAGUGGUGAAAGGUCUAGGUCAUCCUUCAAGGUCAGAGGUCAAAUAUAUGUGGCCAAAAUCGCUCAUUUUAUGAAUACUUUUGCAAUAUUGAAGAUAGCAACUUGAUAUUUGGCAUGCAUGUGUAUCUCAUGGAGCUGCACAUUUUGAGUGGUGAAAGGUCAAGGUCAUCCUUCAAGGUCAGAGGUCAAAUAUAUGCGGCCAAAAUCGCUCAUUUUAUGAAUACUUUGGCAAUAUUGAAGAUAGCAACUUGAUAUUUGGCAUGCAUGUGUAUCUCAUGAAGCCGCACAUUUUGAGUGGUGAAAGGUCAAGGUCAUCCUUCAAGGUCAAAGGUAAAAAAAAAAAUAAUUUCAAAGCGACGCAGAAGGGGACAUAGUGUUUCUGACAAACACAUUUUUCCUGUUUGUUUUUAGAAAAUAUAUCUUUUUUUAUUAUUUAUUAAUGUUUUCAUUAUUCUUUUCACAUUAACAUUGUUUUGACCCUGGAAGCAUACCUUUAAUUGUUUUUCUUUUUGUAUAUAUAAAUAUUAUAUACUGUUAUUUAUUUUGCUCUAUUACCCGGUAUUAUGGACUUCACUUAAGUGCGUUAUCAAAAUUACUUUUAUUGUAUUUCAUAUUUACUUUUUCAGUGUUGAUUGUUUUAAAAAGUAAUUUAACCAGUCACUAAUCAAAACAGCUGUCUCAAUCAAAUUGACCAUGUUUAUCGAAAGAUAUGCAUGUUUUGCUACUUUGAUAUUUUUCUAUAUAAUAACAAUUAUUAUUUGUAAUUAUUUUCAACUAUUGCAUUAACCAAGGUAGUAAAAACCAUGUAUUAUAAGUUACACCGUUAGUAAAUGAAGGUGUAUGAGAUAUACACCCUCAGUAAUUUGGCUCUUGUAUGGUAUUAAAUUGCUGAGGGUGUUUAUCCCAUACACCGUCAGUUACUAACGUUGUAACGAUUAUAUCUCGACCAACUACUUGAUUACUCGGGUAGUAUGGAAAUUACUUGGGGUGUAUGGAAAAUACUCCAUGGGCAUGUGACUGCUCCUAGCCAAUCGGAUUAGGUCAUUUUUGUAGGAGGUGAGAUAUAUAUCUUGUCAUUUGACCGAGCUGUGGGUCCUAUUGAAGAUCCUUUGAUGAUUAUUUGAAUACCAAUUCUCUCAAUGCGACAUGCAUUGUCGUAACUACUGGUAUGCAUUGGACUUGAAAAGUGUGGCAAUAAUCUGCGGCUCAGAACAAUAUUUGUUCAAAUGUCAAUGCCCAAUUUUUCAGUGAAUGUCUGAGCCUUGCUCUGGGAGAAGAGGGCUUAAUGGUCACACAGUCUGAGAGAAGAGGGCUUAAUGGUCACACAGUCUGGGAGAAGAGGGCUUAAUGGUCACACAGUCUGGGAGAAGAGGGCUUAAUGGUCACACAGUCUGGGAGAAGAGGGCUUAAUGGUCACACAGUCUGGGAGAA